CCUCCUCGGGGUCUAAUGGCAGGAUGGCGGAGGCAGGGGGACCGGAGUCCGCCGCGGCCCGGUGCCUGGACGAGUCAUCGGACAGCGAGCCGGAGCAGGAGCCCGGAACCCCGCAGAAACUCAUCCGAAAGGUGUCCACGUCGGGCCAGAUCCGCAGCAAGACGGUGCUGAAGGAAGGAAACCUUUUGAAACAGACUAAUUCAUUCCAGCGCUGGAAGAGACGAUACUUCAAGCUGAGAGGAAGGACGCUGUACUACGCUCAGACUGCCAAAUCAAUCAUCUUUGACGAAGUCGACCUGACGGACGCCAGCGUCGCCGAGUCGAGCACCAAGAACGUCAACAACAGCUUCACUGUGAUCACCCCCUGCAGGCGCCUCAUUCUGUGUGCAGACAACAGGAAGGAGAUGGAGGAGUGGAUGGCAGCGCUGCGUAGCGUCCAGAACAGACAGAACUAUGAGUCCACCCAGUACAGCAUGGACCACUUCAGUGGGAUGCACAACUGGUACGCCUGUUCCCACGCCAGACCGACGUACUGCAACGUCUGCAGGGAGGCGCUGUCAGGAGUCACGUCUCACGGACUGUCCUGUGAAGUGUGUAAGUUUAAAGCCCACAAGCGUUGUGCGGUCAGAGCCACCAACAACUGUAAGUGGACAACUUUGGCAUCUAUUGGGAAGGACAUCAUCGAAGACGAGGACGGGGUGUCGAUGCCCCACCAGUGGCUGGAAGGGAACCUCCCGGUGUCGGCUAAGUGUAACGUCUGUGAUAAGACGUGUGGCAGCGUCCUCCGGCUGCAGGACUGGAGGUGUCUGUGGUGUAAGGCCAUGGUGCACUCGGGCUGUAAGGACCAGCUGUCCUCCAAGUGUCCUCUGGGUCAGUGCAAAGUGUCCGUCAUCCCUCCGACUGCCCUCAACAGCAUCGACUCAGACGGUUUCUGGAAGGCCUCCUGCCCUCCAUCCUGCACCAGUCCUCUGCUGGUGUUCGUCAACUCUAAAAGUGGAGACAAUCAGGGAGUGAAGUUCCUGCGACGCUUCAAGCAGCUGCUGAACCCGGCGCAGGUGUUCGACCUGAUGAACGGAGGACCUCACCUGGGUCUGCGUCUGUUCCAGAAGUUCGAUACGUUCAGGAUCCUGGUCUGUGGAGGAGACGGCAGCGUGGGCUGGGUUCUGUCUGAGAUCGAUGCUCUCACGCUGCACAAACAGUGUCAGCUGGGAGUUCUUCCUCUGGGGACCGGCAACGAUCUGGCCCGGGUUCUGGGCUGGGGAUCGGCCUGCGAUGACGACACUCAGCUGCCUCAGAUCCUGGAGAAACUGGAGCGAGCCAGCACCAAGAUGCUCGACAGGUGGAGCAUCAUGGUCUACGAGACAAAGUUUCCACGGCAACACUCUGCCUCCACCGUCACCGAGGACUGCAGCGAUGACUCCGAGGUCCAACAGAUUCUCACCUACGAGGACUCAGUGGCAGCUCACCUGUCCAAGAUCCUGACCUCAGACCAGCACUCUGUUGUCAUCUCCUCUGCCAAAGUUCUGUGUGAGACAGUGAAGGACUUCGUUGCUCGGGUCGGUAAAGCUUAUGAGAAGAACACAGAGAGCUCAGCGGAGUCCGAGGCCAUGGCCAAGAAGUGUGGCGUGCUGAAGGAGAAGCUGGACUCCCUCCUGAAGACUCUGAACGAGGAGUCUCAGGCAACCUCCGUCCUCCCCCAGGCUCCUCCCCCCACCAUCGCUGAGGAGCAGGAGGAGGUGGAGGGCGUCGUUCUGGCUCCUCCUCCUCCUCCUCAUGCCCCACCAAGCUCCGCCCCCUGCUCCCCAAGGACCACGCCCUCAUCUUCAGCAGUGGCCAUCUUUAAACCUCGAGAGCAGCUGAUGCUGAGAGCCAACAGCCUGAAGAAGGCCAUCCGACAGAUCAUCGAGCACACAGAGAAAGCUGUGGACGAGCAGAACGCUCAGACUCAGCAGCAGCAGGUUUUCUCUCUGAGUCGAGCUGAGGAAGAAGAGGGUCUGGUGGAAGAAGAUGAGGAGGAAGACAUGGACGAGGAGAAGAUGUCGCUGCAGUCGUCCUACAGCUCCAAAAACCGCAACACUCGCAGAGUCAGUAAGACUCCCUGCGAGAAGCUCAUCAGUAAAGGCAGCCUAUCACUGGGCAGUUCUGCGUCACUUCCUGUCCAGACAGGUAGCAGGGACAACAUGCCCAUGCUCAACACAAAGAUCCUCUAUCCAGGUUCUCUCUCCAGCAGUUCUGUCAUCAGUCGACUGCUGGUCAACGCCGACCCGUUCAGCUGCGACCCCGACAACAUGGACUGCUACACCGAGAAGUGUGUCAUGAACAACUACUUUGGUAUUGGACUGGACGCCAAGAUCUCUCUGGACUUCAACAACAAGAGAGACGAGCAUCCAGAGAAGUGCAGGAGUCGGACGAAGAACAUGAUGUGGUACGGAGUGUUGGGAACCAAGGAGCUGCUGCACAGAACCUACAAGAACCUGGAGCAGAGAGUCCUGCUGGAGUGUGAUGGACGUCCGAUCCCUCUGCCCAGUCUGCAGGGAAUCGCUGUGUUGAACAUCCCAAGUUACGCCGGAGGAACCAACUUCUGGGGAGGAACCAAAGAGGACGAUACAUUCACAGCUCCGUCCUUUGAUGAUAAGAUCUUGGAGGUGGUGGCCGUUUUCGGCAGCAUGCAGAUGGCCGUGUCCAGAGUCAUCAACCUGCAGCACCACCGCAUCGCACAGUGUCGGACAGUGAAGAUCACCAUCUUAGGGGAUGAGGGUGUCCCGGUCCAGGUGGACGGGGAAGCUUGGAUCCAGCCUCCAGGUUACAUUAAGAUCAUCCAUAAGAACCGAACCCAGACCCUGACCAGAGACCGGGCCUUUGAGAGCACCCUGAAGUCCUGGGAGAACAAGCAGAAAUGUGAGUUCACCCGGACUCCGCCCCCUCAGCCUCCCCAGCCGCCGCUGUCCUCCCAGCCGGAAAUCAUCUCCGAGGAAGAGGCGUCACUCAUCAGCGAGUUCGGUCAGGCAGCCGGAGCCCUCAUACACAGUAUUCGUGAGGUCGCUCAGUCUCACCACAGUAUGGAACAGGAACUGGCUCACGCCGUCAAUGCCAGCUCCAAGGCCAUGGACGUGGUCUACGCUGACUCUGAGAGCGCUGGGGCUCUGAGCUGCAGUGUGGUGGUUCAGAUGGUCAGCAACGUCAAAGCGUUACUCAGUGAGACUGAGCUGCUGUUGACUGGAAAGAUGUCCAUGCAGUUGGAUCCUCCUCAGCAGGAGCAGCUGAAUGCCGCUCUGGGUUCUGUAGCUCAGCAGCUCCGUCGGCUGUCUGAUGUUCCCUGGUUGUGUCCGUUCAUCGACCCGUCGGACCACGAGGGUCCUCUGAUAGAUUUUUCGAAACGCAGUCGGAGCGCUAAGUUUCGUCUCGUCCCGAAAUUCAAGAAAGACAAAAACAAUAAAAACAAGGAGACUUGUGCGACUCUUUCACUGCCAGUUCACCAGUGGGGGACGGAGGAGGUGGGGGCAUGGCUGGACUUUCUCUGUCUCACUGAGUAUAAGGACAUCUUUAUCGGACACGACGUCCGCGGAGCUGAGCUUAUCCACCUGGAGAGGAGGGACCUGAAGGAUCUUGGUGUGACGAAGGUGGGUCAUAUGAAGAGGAUCCUGCAGGGCAUCAGAGAGCUCAACAGGAACAGCAGUGCGAGCGAAGCCUAACUGCCACCAGCAACAGUUGCCUGCCCCCCUUCUUCCUCUGCUGCUACACCCCACCUCACCCACCUGACCUGACCUCCGACCUCUGACCCCGGACCAUCACGGCAGGUCUGUGGCAUCACACCUAAGGACUUGCUGUGAUUGGACUAGGAUCAGGACCAGAACUCGGUUCUGAAAAAAAAACUGACCAAACCUCUUCAUAGUGACUACCAGUCAGAUGAUCCGUCAGUGCCUUGUCAUCCCACCCACCAGCCAAUCAGUGAGGAGUCGGGUGGGGAGGGGAUUCAGAGCCAAACGUUUCUGAAGGGCUGCACCAGAGCCAUAAACCCUGUGAGCUGGUUCACAGCAGGACUGUGGAGACUGAAACCUGACGACGGACUCUGAGUUUUCAUCAACACUGUAAAAAAUCUUUAUCUGAGCAGCACAUUUUCUUGAAGGACCACAAACUUCUGUUUCUGCAGAUUGUUUCCUGAAAACACCACAGCAGCACCAUGAGUCUCUGUCCUGUCUGCACAAAGCUUCUAACUCUAUCAGCCAGAAAAAGUAGGCAAGUAGAAAAGUUCAAACACACCACUGUGUUUUUUGUGAUCACAUUUUUGACUAAGAUUUUCUGCAAGAACUUUAUUAGAAAAGUUUUUAUCUUGAAGCUCAACUAACAGCGAUCACUGAUUAGUGUUGGAGAGCACUGGUUCCUGCUGAAGAUGGAAACACCUCACAAUAGUAUUGAUUAAAACUCGGAAGCAGCUUCUCAAGGGUCCAAACAGCCGACAGAACCCGGAACCACAAACCAGACCUCAUCCCCACUGGGUUCUUUGUCCAGUUUCAGUGACAGAUUUUUAGAUUCUGUCGAGAAAUAAAGACUUUAAUGAAGAGACAAGGAGAUGUUUGUCCUCAGAGACUCUGGCUGCUGGUUAGAACCUGGACCGGGUCUCAGCAGGCGUCUUAUGAUCCGGAUCAGGCCGGCAUGGCUCCAGUCAGAGUUCAGGUCUUCAAGAUGUUGGUCGUCACCACAUCAGGAAGACUUUAGUUCCCUGCCAGCUGUCAUCUACCUGCCACCACCCGGCCUCACCUGACCAGCUGACCAAUCAGAACGCAGACGUGUUGGACCACGAUGCAGCAAAAACCCUUUAAACUGCAGCUCAGAGACUUUAGAGAAACUUCUUAUCUGCCAAUAGCGGACCACGGUGUUGGAGGCAGGGUCACAGAACAGACUGAUAGAUUUGUACUAAAAUAUAUUUAUUUCUUCUGAUGCUUAGAGUGUCUUAAAAAAAAAACAAGUUGUUGGGAGAGACGCUGGUGGACGGACCAGGUGAUCUGAUGGAAACCAAUCAGAUGCGUCUCCUGUCCGACAACUUCUUUCCGUUUUGUCUCUGUCUGCAAGUUUUGUUACGUGAUGUUCAGUUUCUUUCUUGACAAGCAACAAAACACAGAAUCUUCGAGCAGUUUACAGGAUUUCAUCGACAGUCGUCUGAAACUGUUUAAGGGACCAAACAAUCCGAUUAUUAUUUGAGCUGUCGGUAUUAAAGACAGUUUAAUUUAGUUAAAAACUAAAAGAGAUUAACGGAGACGAACCAUCGGACUCGCUCUCUGUGCAGUGACCUGAUUCUUCUUAACGUCUUAAAGCCUUAACUUCAACUGAAUCAGUGAACCGUCAUCAGUCGUUUCAGCUUCUCAUCAACUAAAACUCCAGCCUCUCUCCGGUUGCAGCUUCAUUUUCAUAUCAAUAUAUAAAUAUCAAUCUUAAAUUCAACCGUCGGUUUUUGACGUCUUCUGCACCAAACAUAUGCUGUUUUUCUGUGAAAGUGACUGAUGUGUUAAUUUGACAUCUCAAAAUGUAAGUUUUCCUCGACAAAAAGCAUCAAACUUGGUUUUAUUCAACAGAAACACUUAUCAGACUUUAUCAAACAUUACCUCAUCAUGAUUUUUGUCUAAAUGAUUGAGUAUGUAGCAUCAAAAUGUUUCCAUUGACGAGAAAAAAAGUCUUAAACGUAGAUCUUCUUUGACCGGCAGUUCAAAUCGCAGCAGUGAAAAGUCGGUAUGAAGUUUAGCAUUUACACGAUUUAUCAUUUCCAGGUUGUUGGACUGAAACCAAACUUUAUCAAGCGACGCCUUAAACCUCCCGUUGAUCACAGAUUUGUGUCAGCUGGCUUCACGAUGCAGUGUUUUAUCCUUUAAUCUGCCUUCAGUCGCUCUGCCUCGAUGUUUGCUCUGAAGAACUCAGAUAUUUGAUCAUUUAUAGAAAGUUCUCCUCAGAGUGGUGAUGUUUCAGCUGAACAGACUGACGAAGCUGCAGCUUCUUGUCUCUUUCUGCUGUCAAACACUGAGGCUUUAACCUUCACAUUAUCAGUGUUAAUGUUUGGCGAGCUGUUUUGACAUUUAUAUCUUGACUCUGACCCUAGAAUUUAAAUGAGAGAUAUCAACAAAGUCAUUCUGAUUUAUAAAAAACUUCAGCUGGAGAUAUCUGUGAUUCAGUUUGGACUAAAGAUAAUACUUGCAGACACCAAUUGUCAGACACUUAAAAUACAGAUCUGGAAUCAACAUUUCUAAUAUCAACGACAUGUUUCUGAUGAGAUAAAACCACAUCUUGAGAUAUCUGUAAUUCAGUGUAGACUACUCAAGACGACGCUUAUAAUGCAUUACUGACAUGUAAGACAUUUUGACAAAGCAGAAUUCUUGUUUGAGAUGUUUAAAACGUGAUUCUGAACAUUUCGAAACUAAUUUAAUGAACUAAAGAUGAUAUUUGCAGACACCAUUUAUCAGACAUUUAUAAUACAGACCUGACAUCCCUCAGAGACGCGCUUAUUAGCUGAGUUUGAUGAUCUGGAAUCAACAUUUCCAAUAGUUAAAACCACAUCUUGAGAUAUCUGUAAAUCAGUUUACUUAACAGACACUUAUAAUACUGUACUGACAUGGUAACAACACUUUGACGAUGCAAAAUUCCAGUUUGAGGUGUUUAAGACGCGAUUCUGAACAGUUCGAACCUAAUUUAAGGGUGUAAAAAGGACUGUAGAUUCAUUGAAUUGAGGGGAAUUAAAGGUAUCUUGAACUAGAAUCAUGACGAGACCAAAGUCAGUUGAACUGCAGAUAUCCAUAGUAAAAUAUAAAGUAAAAGUGACGUCCUGGAAGAAUAAAGAUGUGGGUUUGUGAAAUGUUCUUAGUAGAUUUCCAGUGUAGAUGUUAAAUGUUCAAACUGCUCCACUGUGACUUUAUUUGCUGCUUUGCUCACGUCUGCACGUUUUUGCUGUUUUUCACUUCAGACAGUGGUCAAAUGCCACGAAAAAGAAGCUGAAGUAUUGCUACCAGCUACACCAAAAUCCCCAAAAGAUGGUUUAUAUUUUUAGAACUGAAACACAAAGAAUCUUAAUAUCAUGUACACAAGAUUAUUUAAACACAAGGGCUCAGUUUUCCAAGCGUGGACGAAGCCAAAACAACUUGAUUGAAUCUUAAGUCUUUGACAAGACUGAAUUCAUGUGUGGAAAACUGACUCGGAUAUUUACUGUGGAUCUGUAUUGUAUCCAGGAUUAUUGCUCAAUAUCAGGUGUUGACACAGAAGCUAAAUAUUUCCGUCUUAGGAAGCUGAAACUUUGUCAAAUAAUUUCACGAGUGUCACUGCAACAGAAACGUCCCGUCAGCAUUUCACGACUUCGGUCUAGUUUCAGCGAUCGUGCGGGUGAGUUACAGGUGUUCAAACAACUUGUUGACUACCUGUGGUGCCUUGUUCAUUUCAAUCGGAGGUUCGUCCUCCGCUGUCGACCCACAUGUGUAUUUAUUGGAUAAUUUAUGGACUGAUCCUGAUACUGUACGCUGUCAUACCUCUGUUUGUACAUGCGCCCCCCGCUGGGCCGCCACUGUAAAUACAUGUUCUGUUUGUACAGAGAAACAUCGACACGUCCCCGAAAGAAAUAAAAGUUUCAUGUUGUCACUGGAGAAA